AUGGAAGAAGGCGGGAGGUACGCCGCUUGCAAGGCAGAGCUUUACAAACUUCAGGAAAAAAUAAAAACGCAAGAAACUCCUCGUGAUAAUUGCGCCGAGAAGGAGAAGAUGUGGGAAAAGCAGAGAAGUGAGUUGGAGCAGGAAAAAGACGAAUGCCUCCGCACAAGUGAUGCGCACCGGACGCAAAAGCAAGAUCUUGAAGAUCGAGUUCGAUAUAUGGACGGACUGACGAGGGCAAUGAUCAGCGAGAAGCGAUUUGCUGAAGAAAGAAGGAAUAUAUCAGAGAAAGAAAAUGAAGAUCUCAAAACCCGCGUGCGAGUUCUUACCCAUAAACUGGGUGUGCUGACCGCAAUGGUGCAAAAACUUCACAUCUCGCAUAUGAUAAAGGAUAUGGGCAUUGCAAUGUUGCAAGCCGAGGCAAAACAGGCAGCGGAAGAAAUGGAAACAAAUCAUAAAAAAGAUGUUGCGGCUGCCGAGGAAAGAGUUCUUCAAGAGUGCAAAGAGAAAUUCUGCUUUGACUCCAGUGGAAAUUUAAACGCAGCGGUAUUCAUUGAACACAAUAUAUCCAAGGAAAAUCGCUCGUUCCUCCUGGAACAAUUAAACUGCUCCAAAGAGAAUCAAGGGGAUACUAAACGGGAAUGGCGCUUCUGGCGUAAAGGGGCCAACGAUUCAUCAAGACCCAAAAAAAGCGCGGAUCAUUCGGAAAGCAACGGUUCCUCGCAUGGAAAUAAUAUUCAUUUGGUUUUGAGGGUAUGUUUGUCUUUGCUUCUGUUAACUGCAUUGUCUUGA